AUGGACGCGGCACAAAUCACGCAGUUGGUCACGGCCGCAGUGGCAGCAGCCCUGCAGGAUCAAGCCGUAUUGACGGCAAUCCGUGGACCGGCGCAACCAGGGCCACCGGCAGCCGCAUUUGCAGUCACUCCAGCAGGCACCGGCAACGCGGCCUGGGACUUCACCUCCGGUACUGGUCUCAAGAUCUUCAUUGUGGCGACAUCCCCCUUUACCCCGCAGUACGACGGAAAGGAAGCCACAUUGAGAGACUUCCUUCGCAAAGUCCGAAAUCGUGCAGAAGCUUUCGGUUGGACUGGCAUUCUCAUGGUGAUCGACGCCAACGGCACACCCAGGAACAUUACGUUGGAAUACGGUCGCAAAGCCAAUUUCACCGUUAACGCUGCAGCAGCAGCACAGGGAGGCCAGCCAGCUCCAGCUCCAGUGUUCAAAGAAGACGGAACGUGCAUGCUGUUCGACAUCAUCAGAGUCGUGUCUGUUGAGACCAAAGCCACCUUAGCGCUCAUCGUGAAGAAGCUGGCGAACCUCGAGGUCCUUAUGGAAGAGUGCAAGUCUGAUAUCGGAAUCUUCAACGACAGAGUUGACGAUCUUGUCAACCAGCUCAGGGCGCACAACAUCCAGGUGCCGUCAAUGAUCAACCCACUCUUCGAUGGAUAUAGCAAUUGUGCCGGUAAGACCUUCACGACGUACAUCUCGCGCAAGCAAGAAGCCUACGAGGACGGUACACUUGAGAUUGAGUACCCUGCUCUGAUGUCGACCGCGUUGGAAAAGUACAAAGUCUUGAAAGACAGGAGGAUGUGGCUGAAGAAGACCGAUGAGGAACUCGAGAUCCUCACUCUGAAGGCAGAGAUGGUCAAGCUCAAGUCAGGACCAUCCAAGGGCACUGCCAGGGCACCGACCGACGGCAAGAAGAGCGACAAGCCCAGUGAUUAUGCCGAGAAGAAUGCAUGGAAGCUGAUUCCUCCCAAGGAAGGAGAAUCUCAUAGCAAGACCAUGAAUGGCAAGAAGUACAUCUACUGCCCUUACCACCAUACGACCAAGUGGGUCCUCGAAGGCAACAACAAAGGAGUCGUUCACAAGACCGGUUGCGAGAAGAUGAAGGAAGCAUUGGCUAUGGCCAAGGCUACUGACAAGCCCAGUGGUGCAACCGAACCAGAUCCAGCGGCUGCCGCCCUUGCCAACGCGAUCGAGGACGUCAGAACCGACACUCUUCUACCGGUCGUCACCGAAGAGCUUUGA